GUGAUACACAAAAUAAGACCGGUGUGUUACGGUCGAAUCGGGGAAUUAUCUUGUUCGGUUACUACCUCGCUAUUUCACGAUGAAGAAAAUUAGUCUUGUUGCCGCUGCAUGUAACAACAUGGGGAUCGGAAAGAACGGGGACCUUCCAUGGCGACUACGUAAAGAAAUGAGUUUUUUCACCAAAGUGACAUCGGAAACUAAGGAAGAUGGAAAACAAAAUGCUGUUGUUAUGGGCCGGAAGACUUGGUUCUCAAUCCCAGAAAAGUACCGACCAUUAGCUGGCAGAUAUAACGUAAUUUUAAGCAAAAACUUGAAAGAAUGUCCAUCAGGAGCCGAUAUGUUGUCAGAAUCACUGGAUGAUGCAAUCAAGCAAUUGUCAGAACCCCCUCUAGAAUCUCUGGAAUCAGCGGCAUGUUAUCGUAUUUACCUCACUAGGGUAAUGGCCGACUUUGACUGCGAUACAUUCUUCCCAGAAUUUGACACAAAUUUAUUCAAUCUUGUCAGUGACCCGGAUGUACCAAGCGAAAUCCAAGAAGAGAAAGGAAUUCAGUUCAAGUAUGAAGUUUAUGAAAAAAAGUAG